AGGACAACGAGCUACAGGACGGAAGAAGCCCACGCAGCCCUGAAGCCUGAUUAGUCGCAAGCUGGCUGCUUCAGGAUCAGCUCGCUACGGCAGUGUCUCCUAAAGGAAAAAAUGCACAGUUGAAUAUUGCAAGACAUUGACUUUGAAGGGAAAGGAACUAAUUGCUUCUUACGAAAAAUCGCCAAACGACCUAGACAAAGGGGCAGUGGCCGCGACUGCGUUGAAUGUCUGCACUUUUUCUUGUUUGGCGGAGUUGGUACCGAGUGAAAGACGUGGGGGUGGAAAACAGGACAGAUUGCCGCGCGACGCUGCACCUAGCGAAGGCAUUGCGGCGUUCGGGGGUUAGCGCACGAACGGGUGGAUCUCAGCUAUAUGCAUUUGGGUUUUUUUCCCCUUUUGUGUCGGAGAUUAAAAAAAGCAGGACAAAGAGGGACUUGGGAAUGCGAGAGCGACGGCGAGCUUCUCAGUAUAACGUUUGAAGGAAGGCCCGAUGCCUUUUAUAAACCUGCAUUAAACUGUUUAACAAACGCAUUAAAGACUUGUUCGGAUUAAAGAACCGAGAGAGAACAACAACAAAGACAACUUCUAAGAAUCCAAAAUGUUCCCCCAAAAUCGACCUCCGGCACCUCUUCAGCCACCCCCUGGGUCCUCUGCUGCAGCAGCUGCAGCGGCGGCGGCGGCAGUGUCUGGGCCCCCCCCUUCGCUGAAACUGACCUACCCCGAAACCCUGGACCGCAUCAAAGAGGAGUUCCAGUUCCUCCAGACUCAGUACCACAGCCUGAAGCUGGAGUGUGAGAAGUUAGCAACUGAGAAGACGGAGAUCCAGAGGCACUACGUGAUGUACUACGAAAUGUCCUAUGGCCUGAACAUCGAGAUGCACAAACAGACUGAGAUCGCCAAGCGGCUAAACGUGAUCUGCGCCCAACUCAUUCCCUUCCUGUCACAGGAGCACCAGCAGCAGGUGGUUCAAGCCAUGGAACGUGCCAAGCAGGUGACUAUAGGGGAGUUGAAUGCUGCCAUAGGGGUACGUGGACUGCCCCUCCUGCCUCCCACACAGCAGCUGCAGGCCCAGCACCUCUCUCAGCACGCCAGCCUGCCACUCGGCCCCCACCCCUCUGGCCUCCAGCACCCUGGCCUGCUGGCCCUCUCCGGGGCCCUUGGGGCUCAGCUUGCCGCCAAGGAUGAGAGGGCCCACCUGGAGGCCGCUGCUGCGGAACACCACAGAGACCGGGAGGCUGGCCCGAGCUCACUAACUAACGGGGAUAAAGGUCGGCCAGCUGACUACCUCAGCAAUGGGAAAAAGCGGAAGGCGGAGGACAAGGAGUUCAUGCCCGACUAUGGCAGCGAUGCUGAGAAGAGUGAUGACAACCUGGUUGUGGAUGAGGACCCCUCGUCUCCUCGCAGCGUGCAGUCUUACUCGUCGCGUGAGAAUGGUUUGGAGAAGCUGCCGGUCUCCCGGAAGGAGGCACCUCCCCGGGCGAGCCCCGCCUCUCUGGCCUCCUCCAGCAGCGCGGCCUCCCCGUCACGCAGCCGUGGGGAGUCAGGGGCUGAUAAGUCCAGCACACCCUCCCUGAAGCCAGGUACCUCUAUGCCGGAGUCGUCCACCCCUGGCCCCAGUGGACCCCCCCAGUUCCGACCUGUUCUCGGGAAGCCUGGCAUGGAUGCCCUCGCUCUGGGCCUGCGGAACCCCCUGGCAGUGCAGGGUGCCUACCCAGCUGGGGCCUUUGGAUUGCCCCCCCCAGGGGCAAACGGAGAACUAGGUGGGGCAGCAGGAUACGGAGUGGGACUGCACCUAGUCUCCUCCCAGAUCAACGGUGCAGCGGCUGCUGGUUACAGCCGAUCUCCUGUAGUGGGGUAUGAGUCACCCCAUCCACACAUGAGGGUCUCCGGCAUUCCUGCUGCAAUGCAGUCUGCAUCUUCUGCUAAACCGGCCUACUCCUUCCACGUGAGCGCGGACGGGCAGAUGCAGCCUGUACCCUUUCCCCCCGACGCCCUGCUGGGCCCAGGGAUCCCGCGCCAUGCCCGGCAGAUCCACACGCUGAGCCACGGGGAGGUGGUGUGUGCCGUCACCAUCAGCGCCUCCACCCGGCACGUCUACACCGGCGGUAAGGGCUGCGUGAAGGUGUGGGACAUCAGCCAGCCGGGCAGCAAGAGCGCCAUGGCCCAGCUGGACUGCCUGAACAGAGACAACUACAUCCGCUCCUGUAAGCUCCUCCCCGACGGGCGAACUCUGAUAGUGGGAGGGGAGGCCAGCACCCUGUCCAUCUGGGACCUGGCCACGCCCACCCCCCGCAUCAAGGCGGAGUUGACAUCAUCGGCCCCCGCUUGCUACGCUCUGGCCAUCAGCCCCGACAACAAGGUUUGCUUCUCCUGCUGCAGCGACGGAAACAUCGUGGUCUGGGACCUGCAUAACCAGACCCUGGUCAGACAGUUCCAGGGCCACACAGAUGGGGCCAGUUGCAUCGACAUCUCCAACGACGGGACCAAGCUGUGGACGGGGGGGCUGGACAACACGGUGCGCGGGUGGGACCUGAGGGAGGGGCGGCAACUGCAGCAGCAUGACUUCACCUCCCAGAUCUUCUCUCUGGGCCACUGUCCCACAGGAGACUGGCUGGCCGUAGGGAUGGAGAGCAGCAACGUGGAGGUGCUGCACGUGUCCAAGCCCGACAAGUACCAGCUGCACCUGCAUGAGAGCUGCGUGCUCUCGCUCAAGUUCGCCUACUGCGGCAAAUGGUUUGUAAGCACAGGAAAAGACAAUCUGCUGAAUGCAUGGCGGACACCAUACGGAUCUAGUAUAUUCCAGUCGAAGGAGUCUUCCUCAGUACUCAGCUGUGACAUCUCCGCCGAUGACCAGUUCAUCGUCACCGGCUCCGGGGACAAAAAGGCCACAGUGUAUGAGGUUAUCUACUGAACCGCCGGACCUCCUGGAUGCAGCACGUGAAAACAGAAGGCCUCAUGUGGGCUGUGACGAAGAGGAGAACAGUUUCACUUGGUGUGUUUUUUUUUUUUUUUUUUUUUUUUUUAUACGGGACGGAGCAGAAGACGACCCUGGUCCUUUGGUCUUUUGACCUCUUGGUGGCAAAGGUCGUAAGAGGCCAGUCAGGGUGAAAAUGCAAGUCCUCCAAAGUCCUAAUUUUUUCCCCCCCAUCGCGCUUUGUUUUUCCAUGACACAGAGGCUGACACUAAACGACUAAACGACCACUUUGGACUCCGUGCUGCUGGGUUUCGCAACAAGUGGCCGACGGCUGGGAAUAUUUAUGUGGGAUCGGCUGUCAUUGUGGCCAGUUAUCAGUGCUUUGGCUUUUCUUUAAUCCUCGGUGUGAGGUGCUGAAGCCAGUGCUCAGAUUGGAUUUUUUAUUAUUUUUUUGUUUUAAAUCAACCUGUGUUGCUGUUUGGCGCGGCUGUGGUAGUAGCCCAGGUAACACCUGUGUCGGGGGCUGGGUACUCAGGCAGACAAUCUCAUACCUUAAGUGUUAGGUGUGCUGCCUCAGUUUAAACAAGCAUGAUAGUCUAUAAAUGAACAUUUAAUAAAGGUUUCUGUUAAACGUUUUGAAAUGUAAAUAAAGGUUUUUUUUAUAGUGA